AUGGCAGCGGGCUCCUCUACCGGCACCAGCGAACUUCUUGACAACGGGAAACAAAAGAAUAACGCCAUGUACUACCGACGCCAAGUGUCACCGAACGGACUGCACGCCGAACGGAAACCCCUUCGUGUCUUUACCGACUCGCACGCGGCCUACUCUGAAAUAUUCCGCCCAGCCUCGGAGGAUACUACAGCUGCUGCUAUUCAAAGCAUCAUUCGUAGGCAUAAAAAAGCCGACAGGCCAAUAGAAACUAUCUGGACGCCGGGGCAUACGGGUGUGCCCUGGGGCAAUACGGCGGCACAUGCCGCUGCUGCUUCCGCAGUUAAUGUCCUCUACACCAAGGACGUUCUUCCACUACGAGCCUCUUAUGCUGUUCACUGUGGCCGGCAACAUUCGACUGGGAAGGCAGCACUACGCUUUCAAGCUGUUGGACGCCCUUGUACAGGUGCCGUUUCGAGCCGCUCUACACUGCUUGGAUGGAGAAACACCCCUUAUUACAAGCAGAACCACUUCCUGGCUGAUAUCUGCGGAGGAGAAGAGUCGUGCUUUUCUCCAGGUCACCUUGCUAGUCUGUGUUCAAGAGCACAAACGCAAGUUUUCAAGUUCACGAGACUUUAUGUUACUCAGGUGCAGUCCUGGAUCAAGCGAAACCCAGAAAUUGCACCUUCCGUGCGCGUGAUCCACCUGGUUCGAGAUCCCCGUGCCGUGUACGCUUCCAGAAGGCGUCUCGGUUGGUGCAAGAAUCACAAGCAGUGCGGAAGUGCCACCGCCCUGUGCGACCAGAUGAGAUCCAAUCUGGACGCAUUCGGGGACCUGGGCCAUCACCUGCCGAACAACAGAACGUAUCAGAUUCGUUAUGAAGACCUCACUGCCGACCCACUGAAUGAGACCAAGCGAUUGUUCGCGAGUCUGGGUCUACAAUUUACACCGUCGGUAUACGAAUACGUAGUAAACCACACGACGGCGAGCGGGGCGAAAACGAAAGACGCGUUUUCGACUUGGAGAAACGCGAAAGAAGUCGCCGAUAGGUGGAAACGCCGGAUAUCACCUAGGAAAGAUUCGCCAGAUACAAGCCAAGUGCAUUGA